AUGCCCGCCGACAGAGGUGGGAGAGGCAGCCGCGGGCGCGGCAGAGGUCGAGGACAGCAGGCUGACGGCAGGGGUCGCGGGCCGCAGACCAACGGGAAGGGCGCGACGGAGGAACCCGGGAAGCCCGCGCUGCAGUACCCACGGCUGGAAGACAAGAAACAGAAAGGCCUGGCGCGUCUCCCUGACGAGGAGUGGAAGAAGUGGCUGGGGCAAAAGCGCUGGUUCCCGUUCCCCACGGGGAGCGUGUCGAGCGACCGCUGCUGCGACAUCUUCUGGGACAUGGACAACGUGCCCGUCCUGUGGGGCGGCGCCUUCGAAGACAUCACCCCCCGCGACCAGUACGAGGUGUUGAAGAAGGUCUUCGGCGACAGCGGUCGGAUCCCAAACGUGGCGGUUCACGUGGUGAUCUCCGAGCACAAGCUCCAGGCGUACGACACAGCAACCAGAGAGGGCAUCAUGAAGACCAGCCAGGGCGUCGGUGUGCACCCCGUGCUGGGAAAAUGGAAGGGCAAGAACGAAGUGGCUGACACGGUGAUCAUCGACAAGAUGACCCAGGUCACGAACCGCAUGCAAGGAGAGGGCAAUCUGAUCGUUCUCAUCUCGGGCGACAACGAUUUCAGCGAGCAGCUGCGCAUUGCCCGUCGGCGCGACGCCAACAUCUUCCUGCUGGGGCCGCAGCCCGACCCGAUCACGGGACGAUCGUGCCUGAGCGGCGAGCUCGCGACGCUCCCGCAGUGGUUCCAGUACUACGAGCCGUUCAUGAAGUUCCACCUGCGCGAGAAGCUCCUCAGUCGCACAACCAUCAAGCGCACACCGAAGAAGCUCCGCACGCUGAAGACACAGACGGAGGCGCUCCGCGAGCUCAGGCACGACGAGAGCAACGCAACCAAGAUCGACAUGCUGAUCAUGAUUGACGCGACGGCAUCGAUGCACAAGUACAUCGACGCAGUGAAGACAGCCAUCGCCGAGGACGUCGUCACCGCCAUCAGGAGACGGUACCCCAGCUCGGUCGGGAACGUUCGAUACGGUAUCUUGGCGUACCGGGACUUGAAGGAUGAAGAGAACGGGCUGAAGCAAUUCGAGGUCCUUGACUUCACGACCAACGUAACGCGCGUGUCCGAGUUCCUCGCGGAUCUGAGGGCGCAAGGCGGCGGCGACGUGGCCGAGGACGUCGUCGGCGCGAUGAUCCUGGCAGCCAAGAGCAAGGAGGACGGAGGCUUGCUCAGCUGGGAGCAGGAGCACAAGGUUGUGUACCACGUCUGCGACGCCCCGGCGCACGGCGCCCAACUGAAUAACUUGUCAGAUCUUUUCCCGCUGCUCGCGAACCUUGACGACUACGAGUUCACGCCUCCUCCUGGUCGGGGCCUUCCCCUCGGCGAGGCCGAGCAGGCUCUGCGCGACCUGCGGCAGCGCGGCGUCGAGAAGUACUUUUUCACCCAGCUCGACCCGCGGCAGACGAAGAAGAUGGCCGGGGUGCUCGACAGCACCAGCAAGGCGAUCGACGGCGAGGUGCCUGACGGCGACGCGUGGUUCAUACCCGACACUCUCGAGCUCGGCGACGAGGACAAGGACAAUCCGUCCGCGCAGAGGCUCUCGGCCCUUGUUGGCAAACUUGUAGGUGCAACGAUGUCCGUAAUGAGCGCGUCUGUGUCGCGCGCGACCGCCCAGCGCCGCAUGCCGGUGAAGGACAGGAAAUACGAGGACUUCGACAAUCUGGGCGCGGUCCCAGAAGACGCGGGUGAGGGCGCGUCGGGUGCGGGGGGCGAAAGCGGGAACGCGGAGGAUAUCAAGCCCGAGGAGAACGUCGGGGGGAACUUUGACUGGGGCCACGACGCCGCGGCGCAGAAGAAGUGGAGGGCCAUGCGCGCAAACCUCAACCAAAAGUUCAGGAGGAUCAAAUUUCCGCAGGCGGUGCAAGUGUCUGUGGCCAGGCAGUUCGAGGGCAAGGUGCACGGCGAUGAUCCGGGUUGCCUGCUCAACAUGGUCAAGCAAGGCAUGGUCAUUUUCGUCGACGGCUCAGCCAUCAAGGACCCCCACGACUUGGAGCGCGAGUACAAGAUCCAGGUCAACCCGUUUGACAAAGGGAAGUUCAAAGCGGCCUUCCUAGCGCAAGAACAGAUCCCUCCGGGUAAGGUGGUCAACCGCUUCGACCCCUCGGGCGAGAUCAAAGUCAUCGAUGGCUUCAAAGUCCAGGGGAAGCGCCUCCUCGUCCUCAAGGAAUACCUGACCGUCGGCGCUGGGGAGAACUCUGCAAAGCGCUACAAGCAGGAGAUCGGCGCCGCCGCUGCCGCCCGCGCCCUCGCCAUCGACUUCAACCAAGCUCUCGCGGAGGCGCAGCCCGGCGUCACGCACAAGACGCUCAAGUACAUGCAGUCGUGCAUGGUGGCAUGGCAAAAAAAGCAGUCCAACGGCAGCGCGCAGCAGAUCUUCAUGCUCGAGGAGCCGCUCCUAGAGGGCAGCUUCAUCAAGUGGUCCUCCAACGCCGGAUACAUCAACACCGCCGAAUGGGACGCCAUCGCGCACGCCUUCACCCACUGGACGUACCACUACACCGACCACGAGCUGAUGGUUGUGGACAUCCAGGGCGUGCGCAUCGGGAAGGGCACGGCGCUGGUACUGACGGACCCGGAAAUCCACUGCAAGUCGCACCCCGAGCUGUACAGUCCGGAGCGUUCCGAGUUCGGUCUCGCGGGGAUGGCGGCUUUCUUCCGGAGUCACGACUGCAACGAGCUGUGCAAGGCGCUGGAGCUGCCGGACGCGGAGAAAGAGCGCAAGGAGAUCAUGCAGGAGCUUGAGGAGGACUGCUUCGAGUACGAGACCGGCGUGCCACUCGACGAAUCGUGA